AUGGUUACAGUUAAAGAACUGACCAGAAACGCCUUUCUCUCUUUGUCUGCAGGAGAACCUCUCCAUGGCUACAGAGUUUGCAUCCAGGCGAUCCUGCAGGACAAACCCAGGAUGGCGACACAAAACCUGCCAGAGUAUUUGGAGUUGCUGCGAUCCGUUCAAAAUCGUCCAGUGAAGUGUUUGACCAUCAUGUGGGCUCUUGGCCAAGCUGGAUAUUACGACCUCAGCCAGGGACUAAGAGUGUGGCUGGGCAUCAUGCUUCCUGUGCUCGGAGUGAAGUCCUUGUCUUCGUAUGCCAUCGCAUAUCUGGAGAGACUUCUCCUACUUCAUGCCAACCUGACAAAGGGAUUUGGCAUCAUGGGGCCCAAAGAGUUCUUUCCUUUACUGGAUUUCGCCUUCAUGCCCAAGAACGCCCUGUCAUCAGGUCUGCAGGAUCAGCUGAGGCGUCUGUACCCUCGACUCAAGGCCCUCGCAUUCGGAGCCAAACCCGAGAGCACAUUACACACAUACCUGCCCUCAUUUCUGUCCAGAGCCACACCACACUGCCCAGAUGAUAUGAAGAGAGAG